ACGAAAUCGGCAUCCGCAGCAUCACAGCUCACUCAGAUCGCAUGCGGUAUUCGAGCAGCUUCUCUCACCAACCUGCGUGAGAGCCGCCCGAGUCGUUGGCGCCCAGAAUGACUUUCUAUAUUCCCAUCUCAGCGCAGGAGGUAGAACGCCGCAAGUUCGAGGAGAGAAUGGGUUACAACCAAGCUGCUCGUUUCAGCAGCGACUUCAACUUGGCACAUACGCGUCAGAGUGGCACGUCACAGCCUUCCGAUGCUGCCUCUCAUCGUGCCCAGCAUACCCAUCACCGCGAGAAGUAUUUCUCGGAUGACGUGGGAGACGGUACCGAAAUACCUGGCGUCGGACGUGGGACGUACCGACCAAACUCUUCGCCUGCUCGGCGAGCAGCAGCGCUCGGAAGCAAUGUUCAGCAUCUGACCCGUUCCAAUGCCAUGACACAGCACUCCACCGAGCGUACCUCAUACCCCCAAAUCUCGCCAGUUGCAGUCUCAAGGCAAACAAUGCAACUAGCGUCAAGCGGCUUACAACGACCCAGCAUGUCCCACUUCGCCUCGCCCUCAAAAGAUUUGCAAGAUCCUGCAUCCCGCAAGGUCGCCACGCGUCGCAAUGGCGAUGUAUUCUCCAGCGGAGCGCAUCAGCGGCAGCAACAGCAUCCACGCGCCUCGGACGGUUCGGACGACUCGGAUUUAGACUCAGAUUGCUCUUCGCAUCACCCGCCCCGCUUCAUUGGAGACAGGGCUGACUCUACAGGCAAUCAUGAAGCACUUAGAGCUACGCCGAUCGAUGAGAGUGUCGACUCGUACGUCGCAUACGACAGGCGAGCGAAGAUCACGGAGGAGAUCAUCGAGAGAUUGGAGAUGAUGCAGGACGUUAGGGAUGCCAAGGGCUCUGAGGAUCCUCUCUCCUCGAGAACAAAGGCGACGCGAAUUUCCGAGUGCAACCACACAAAGAUCUCAAUGUACCACGAUCCCAACUCCCCCUUUGUGGGCACUUCCGCUCCAGCGAAAGCGCAAAUCCAGGCUCUCUUGCGCCCUGGGCCGUCUCCGCGUGUACCUAUCGCUGCCCAUUCGCGGAUCAUCAGGAGUCCCGAGAGUCCCAGCCCGGCGAGUGCCAGUUUGAGCCGUCAGUCUGUGCAGCACAGAGCGGCUGCAGACGUGAGGCCAGAGGCACACGCUGGAAGUGGAUCAGAUGCGGGAGCAGCGCCUAGGAGGAAGGUUAUGCACAGUAUCGGAGCCGCAAUAUCGCCUGCAGGGUCCGCCUUCGGAGUCCUGGCUGCUGGGCUGAAGAAAGAUUUGCGCGGCAUUGAAGACGAAAAUGCUGAACGGUCUUCAUCCUCGGGCAGUGGCUUUGUAGCUGGCAGUCAAGAGUCCAGCGCUGCUACCAAGGUUGACCACCAGCAUCCACUCAAGACAAAGGAGUGGGCAGGCAGCCCUCUUCUCCAAGGCAAGCGCUUGAACCACUUCUAUCUCCCGAGUGGGCAGGACAUGGGUCCUGGCGCGCCCGCUACUGGUCUCUAUCUGCCCGAUGUGACCGGACUGACAUCAGCGCUGAACUCGCCGGACAAGGAGCGCGUGGGCGUGCGGCACGUGCCAGUAGGAGAGAACGUGGGCACGAACGGCCAUAGAGAAGAGCAGCUGCAGCGGCUUGAGACGUAUGUCGAAGGAAUGAAGGCUGAACUAGUCGCAACGCACGACAAAAUCAGGGGGCUCGAAGUGUCACAGGAGAGCUUGGUAGCGAACGUCAUCCGUAUCAAUGAGCAAAUGAGCGGCUUUCAAGAGGAGAUCAGAUACGCGAGCAAGGACUACGAGAGGGCUGAGAAGCAGACCAGGCGCGAGCCUUUGCGCACUUCUCAGUCCUCGCAACAACAGCGGUAUCGCCAAUCUGAUAAUUCUCAUCACGACAGCCGCAUGGCUGAGCCGUCGACAUCUAUGGUCGAGGGCGAUGGUCUGUCCGACCAGAUCCAAGAGCUCACCUUUCAGCUGCAGCAUUCUCAAGCUGAAAUCCAAAGGCUCCGGGAAGAGCAACAGCAUCGCAAGUCAGCCACUUUUGCAUUUGCUUCUGCAGCAAAGUCCAACCACUCUCGAGCAGACGACAGCGAAUUGCAGCAGCAGAUCUUGGAGCUCCGCAGCGACGUGGCAAGGAUCGCCUCGGAGCUCGGCCAGCUGCGGGGAGUCGUCGAAGGUCAUGUUGUGGAAAAUUUAAACAGCAAGCGAAAUGGAAGGCGUAGCACCGUGCUCAGAGGAUACGGGAGCGAAGGCGACGAGCGGGAGGAUGAUGGUGGAGGGCGCAUUGCGUCAGAGCACAGAGCCCGGUUCGAGAACCCUCUUGUCGCCAGCUCGCCCAUCAAGAAGUCUGCAUCGAUGCGCAAAUCGCGCAGUCCUUUUCUUCCACAGCAGAGCCAGAUGCAGCAUCGCUCCCGCGACGAACACAGCGGUCAGCGCGAAUCGACGAACAAUGCAGGUAGUGCACAAGGCUUCUUUCACGCGGGCUCUCAGCAUGAUGCAGACGAGACCGUUCGACCAACUCAAACUCGACUCGUUGACGAGGAGGACAUCUCGAUGGUGGCGCAAGAGCGGGCGGAAGCGACGUUCCGAUCCGUAGCGACGCAGUCAGGCUGUGUCUUCGGCGCCGAUGAUCAUUCGCACGACCCCCGUAAGUGCACAGUGUGUAGCAGGGCCCGAAAGAGCGAGCGACGCAGGCACGCAAAGAGAGAGAAACUGGAAGAGAUUGAGCGCAAGAGAACAGCCAUGGUGCAAGAAGAGGAGGCCUUGUUAGCCUUCAUCGACGCUUCUGUUGCUGAUGGAGGCCCGAAGAAUGCCAAGGCGGCUCUCAUAUUGGAUGGAGGCAAGCUCGAUGUUCUGCAGCGAGUGAUCGAAGAAUUGCUCGACGACUUUUGGCACCAACGCGAGAUUUACUGCAGUCUGGCGGAUGAGCUCAAGCUCCUUGAGCCACACGAGUACCGGUAUAAGAUCACAAGCACGCACGUGCUCGAGGCUGUCGACGCGCUCGAAUACAAGGCUGAGCGCAUCAAUCUGCUGCACAGCCUACUGCCAGGGGGUCCAGCGCUGCCAACCAUGGCAUCUCGCCGCAGCGAGCACGCUGCUGUGGGAGGCAGCUCCAAACAGAGCCAUCAUCACUAUCGUCAGGCUACGUCCGGUGAUACGCCUGUGCUUUCUUCUAGAGAGACCCGAAUCUUUGAGCCGAGCAGGUUUGCCACGGCGGGAAAAAAGAACAAAGGCAAGCACCCCGAGCGCGGACCGGUCACUCUCCGGACAGUGCUCAACAACAGCCCUCCUCAUGUCAACGAGAUGGAAUAAAGUAUUGGCUAUCAUUUCGUCUAUCUCUAAGGGUCUCAGCAUGAAACCCUUGCAUUUGUAGUAUAUAUCAUCUUCACAGACUUGUGAGUUUUCAGCAUUGCUCUGGUGGAUCUGCCUCAUCGAUGUUGCGAUUCCUGUUUACCAAGGUGUGAGCAGCGCUGCUCGCGGUCACAAUCGUAGGUCGGUUCGAUCUCUCUCCAUUCGCCGUACGAGCUGCGAACGAGCCAUUCAAGGUUGAGUUACCAAUGUUAGAUGUUGGCAAAUCCAGAUUGGAAC